ACAAUGUUCGAGUUUUUGUGUGAGGAACGACCAUAACAGCUCGACUUCCGAGGGUUUUGCGGAUUACUCGUAGGACUGGAAUGGCGUCAGACUGGAUGUUUGUCGGCUGAUGAUGAGGCGGUGACCUCUGUUGUGCCGUAGCCUAGAUGCGACCAGGAGGCGACACUACCGCCAGGGGUGGUGGAGCCCUCCCGCGCCCCCUCCCCUCCCCUCCCCUCUAUGGGGUUAUUCAGAGAACCACCGCGUCUAGAGGGAAAGAACCGAGCUCCGGACGCCACUCGCACUCUUUUAAAGUUUGACGGAGCCAACUGUUGGUUUUUGUACGCUAUGGUGAUAAAUGGAGCCAUUCAAUCACAGAUUAAACAUCUACAUUGAAUCAUGGAUGGGGCCAAGAGACCAGCGGGUGAAGGGAUGGCUCCUGCUCGACAGCUACCCUCCGACCUUGGCGCUGUCGCUGGCCUACCUGCUCAUCUUGUGGCUGGGGCCCAAGUUCAUGAGGGACCGCAAGCCGCUGUCCUGCCGUCCCCUGCUGGUGGCCUACAACCUGGUCCUCACCGUGCUCUCCUUCUACAUGUUCUAUGAGCUGGUGGCAGCAGUGAGGAGUGGAGGGUACAACUUCUACUGCCAAGACACACACAGCGAUGACGAGACCGAUAACAAGAUCAUCCAUGUGCUCUGGUGGUACUACUUCUCCAAGCUCAUCGAGUUCAUGGACACCUUUUUCUUCAUCCUGCGGAAGAACAACCAUCAGAUCACGUUCCUCCACAUCUACCAUCACGCCAGCAUGCCCAACAUCUGGUGGUUCGUCAUGAACUGGGUGCCCUGUGGCCACUCGUACUUCGGGGCGGCCCUCAACAGCCUGAUCCAUGUGUUGAUGUACUCCUACUACGGCCUGUCCGCGGUGCCGGCCCUGCGUCCGUACCUCUGGUGGAAAAAGUACAUCACCCAGGGACAACUGAUUCAGUUCUUCAUGACGAUGACCCAGACGCUGUGUGCCCUGGCGUGGCCCUGUAACUUCCCCCGGGGCUGGGUGUGGUUCCAGAUUGGAUACCUGGUGACCCUCAUCAUACUCUUCACCAACUUUUACAUUCAGACCUACAAGAAGCAGAAGGUGUCCCUUAAGAACGGCUCCUCAACGAACGGACACGCCAACGGAGUGUCCCGCGUGGAACACUCUCUCCAUAAAAAGCUGAGGGUGGAUUAAUGUACAGUACCACGACCUCACCGAGCCCUUUGUUGUAGAGCUGCAGCCCAAGCUGUUCAGGGGACACGUGUAUAUAUCCCCGUUCAUACGAUGAACUUCAAAUAGUUUGGUAUCCACUCGGGAAAGUAAAAAUAGCGAUAGCCCCAGUUACCCAGAGACUUUUACAUAUUUUUGCACAUAUUACCACUAAUGGUAUUACAUAAUGCUAUCAUAGCUGUACUUCCAGGCCUGGUUUUAUCUGUGAGACCAUAGUUUCCACUCCAUAUAGUUAACACGCCUCUAUAGCCGAAUAGCUCGCUGGUUGACGAAGGGCCUCUCCCUGCCCUUCCUCGGUGCCCGUCGCUCACAAAGCCACACACUUGUCAUUCCUGUACCUUCGGUCUACAACGGUUCCGUGGAUCAAAGCACUAGAGCCGUCUGAGGCAGCCCGGAGAGAGCUCAACGCUAAGUUGAUUUGUUGAGUGACAUCCGGUAAUAAAAUCGAGAAUUAUCUUCCUGAUUAUAGAACAUUCUUUCUGGCCCUCCCCUGUACUGGUUGUACUACGUGUUCCCUCUAUAGUUGUGACUUGAUGUAUUUAUUAUGUACAAGAGCCACCUGGUUGGCCAGCGGUUUAACCCUGAGCGGAUGGGAUAUUAUUAAUGUACAGUCUAGUUCAGGAAUCCUUUAGAUUUUGUUUUUUAACUAUGUCUUACAUUUUUUUUUUAACCUGGCUUGUGAAACGCUGACUUCUUGGCAGUCGGUGAUCGGUCUGAUCAGCAGGCCCGACGCGCGAUGGCGCGGAUCUCAUACACUCGGUGGAAACGUCUGCCAGAGUUCUGAAUCCAAGACAAGCGUAGAAAACCGACCCUCCUCCUGCUUGGCAUGCCAUGUCUUCCACCCCAAAAUCCAGCAACAUUCCUCCAGACCAUUAAACACAAGCUUCAAUACAAAGGGCAGAUAGACAUUUAGUAGCUAUAUUUAGUAUUUUUGACCUUUUAAAACCUUUACGUCUGAAGAACGAUGAAAAAGGCAAGGGCUUUGAUGUGGGGACGGCCUUCCUCUGUAAAGCACUGCACAGACCUCUGCCUCCAAGCCCAUCCUACUGAUAGAUUUACAAUAUGAUGGAGGGUUCUCAGGGUGUAAAUGUCUGUCAUGAAGCCCCGGUCUCCACCACAUAAUGGUACAGCUCGUGUUGGGGCUCCUGUCGUCCGAAGAGAACGAAGAGACCGGGGAUCCAAAGCCAAAGUCCAUCGCAGAAAAAAAACAACACACGUUUGUUUAUGUGGAGCAGUGGCAUCUUUCUUUGUUUUUGUGCGCGUUCUCGAAGCACUUGCACAUUUAUAAACGAUUGUAGAGUACUCGUCAGACCGGCAAACUUGGGGCCCCUGCACAUUGCUGUGUAUUUUCAGCUUUACCACAGGAUGCAUCGAGCCAGUCAUCUAUACAUGGUCGAUUAUAAAAACUACUCCUUCCCUUUUUCUGGUUGGAGGUGAAAUGCAUUGAACUUGUCGCAGAGUAUUCCAUGACAUGUCCUAGUUGCAAAUGCCUUAUGAAUAUUGCUACUCGAGUGUUUGUAUGUAUGUUCAUUGUUCAUAUAUAUAUAUAAAUAUAUAUAUACAUAUAUACUUACUAUUGUAAACACCCAUCUAUAGCUAUACUGUUGUAUUGCCUAUACGCCUUAUCAAUGAAAUGCAGGUAGGCCUAAGUGUGGCUCCUCAUCAAAUCAGUUUUUUCACCCACUGACGGCUGUAUAGCAUUUUAAGGACAAAUGCUAUGCAAAGAUUCACAGGUAAAAUCGUGUGUGUGAGUGUGUGUUAAACACACACACACAUACACAGGCACCCAAUGUUUAUAAAAUUUUGAAAAGAAAUGAAGCCUCAUCGUAGGCCAAAGUCCAUUUUAAACUGUCACUAAAUGCUAUGAAUAAAAAUCACUAAUGUUU